AUGUAUGGGUUGUUUCGCACGGUCACUCCAUCACAAUCCAUCCAUUCUAUCAUACAUAGCAGUUUCAAUGAACAUGAUUUAAUUGUGUGUCAACGUAAUGCAUGCCUGGACUUUUACAGUCUAUCCAGUGACUACAUUCCCAAACUUGUCCGCUCUUUCCGCGGUAACUGCACUUUUUUGAAGACAUUUACAUACAAUCCGCCUACAGAUUCCUCAACAACACUACUAAUUUUAACAGUUAAAUAUGAGCUACUGGCACUUAAACUCAUUGAUGAUGAAUUUGAGACUAAAUUGCUUGUAAAUUUUCAGGAAAACGGAGUAGAGAAAAUAGACACGGAUCCUUUACUAUUAGUGGAUCCUAGCUAUAAAUUGAUACUAUUUUACGGCUAUAACAAAUUGCUUAAGUGUAUACUUCUAGAUAAGACUGAUUACUUCGACUUUAAAAAUGUAGUAAAUUUGAGAACCAACUACGAUCGAAUCGUAGACCUCUUUUUCACAAAUAAUUUAUACAAUUCUCUCGAGUACACAAACAAGCUACGUCAAUCAACAACAUUCAAUGAUACAUGUAGUUUAAGUGUUAAUGGAUUUGCUGAUGCCAGGGAAUUUUUACGUCCCAAACGAAUAACCAAAGAUCAGCCCGUCAAUGUUGAUAAUGUAUUGCUAUUACAAGUGGGAUUGGUAUUGUUAUUGCAACCUGAAGAUGACGCUUCUCAUCGCCAUAUCGAGAUAGUGAAGCUUUAUUUUGAGAUGUUUAAUGGGAAAAGUGAUAAAAUCGAUAAAUCAUACAUCCUGGGUUAUGGUUAUGAACAGAUAGCUAACACUCUGAUUAUAGACAAAAGCGUCAGUAAGAUAUUGUCAUAUCCCCCCGAAACUGACACAAAGGGGAUACUAUUUGUAGGAUCUAGCAUUGUUGGUUAUAAACAUCUAAAUGAUAAAAUAGACUUAUGUCAAAUACAUAACGGGCAUUUGGUUGCUGAAAUUGAUUUUAUUUGUUACAAAGGAUUGCAGCGAUCAUUGUCCAGAAUUGGAGACGAUGAAACCCAUUUAUACUAUGCAUGCGAUGUCACUGGUCAACUAUAUAUGUUCAAAAUUACAAUUAAGCAUGAGAAAGAUAAAUAUCUCAUUAAUGAUAAGAUGAGAAAUUUGGAUACUAUAAUACCAUUGUAUACAAUUUCCCCAUUCUCACUUUUGCUGGCCCUGAGUGAUGAUUGUAUAUUUGUCGCCACAAGGGUGGGCGAUUCCAAGAUUUUACAGUUAAGCAACGGUAAAGUGUCUGAAAUUUGGAGUAAACCGUCAUUAAGUCCAAUCAUAGAUGCCACUGUAAUUGGGGGCAAUUGUACUGAUCAGCUAAUCGCGGUUUCUGGCAUAGGCAAAUCUGCCAAUAUUUCUAUUCUCACAAUUGGCUUGUUUUUUCACAAUAUUUGUAAUAUAAGUCUUGCAAAGGUUUCUAAAUUAUUUAUCAUAUCUAGUCAACCUGAAAUGAUAUUUCUAGUGGCUAUUACAUCUACACAAAGUUACUACUUUAAAAUGGUUGAUCAGUCCAUUGAACUAAUCUCUAGGGGAGAUAAAAUCAUAUGUGCAUUUCAAUACAAUAAUCAAUUGUACCAAUUGACACCCAAUUCCAUACGUAUAUCCACUAUUGAUAACCCACGUAUCACUAAAGUAUUGUGGACAAGUGAUGAGCCAAUUGUGCACUAUCUCAAAUGUGAGAAUAUGCUGAUUAUAUCCGGAGGAUAUAAUUUGAGUGCACUUGUGAUUGAUAAAAGUGAUCCUAUUAAAAUAACCUACAAUCACAUUCAAUCAUUUACUAGUCCAAUUUCAGCAAUUGCAUUGGUGGAAAAUAUGAAUAAACUGCAUAUAUUGGUGGCAACUUUUACUAAUGUUUUGUUGAUUGUGGAUUGUGAGACAAAAAGUAUAGGAACCAUAUGUGAAAUACCAACUCGAACUUCUUGUGUUGGAGUAUCCGAUUUGGUGUAUGUUGUAAAGAAUUCAAUCUAUUAUAUAUUCAUUGGAUUGACUGAUGGGAAUUUGCUUGUGUAUACAAAUGAGCGUGAAGAUGUGCGUCAUUUUUUAGAAUGUAAGGGAUGGGAAUUUUUUAUGUCGAAAAAUUUUGGUGUUUAUCCCUUAUAUUUCAAGCAUAAUUCCCAACGAUUAACACUAAUUGGUCAACACGUUCACUUUGUGACAUUCUCACCUAUCACUGGUAGGAUUGUUGAUUUUUUGUCCCUUGAAGUGCCACCAGUUAGAGAUUUGGAAUUUAUUUCCGAUGAUUUACUGAUUGCUUCACUAACAGAUCAUUUGGAGUUGGGAAAGUUAUCUGAUUGUAAUUCAUUAGAUGUAAGACGAAUACCUGUGAGCGGCGCACUAGAUCUAAUUGAAUACCAUCAGCCUUCAAAUUGUGUCAUUGUCGCCUUUCCACAAUUAACAUCAGAGUCAAUAUUUCCUUCAAACGCUUACAUUGCAGUGUAUAGUUUUGUCACUGGUUUAUUGGUCACAACGUAUUAUUUGGAGCAGAGUUUCGAGGGUUCAUCCAUCAGUACAUUUACAAGGGGAAGUGAUAAGACAUUGCUUAUAGGUAUUUCUAGCACUGAUUCUGAUUAUUUACCUAGUCAAGGUAGAAUUGUCGCAUGUAUCUAUAAUAAUAGUACUUUUACAUUUAAGGAUUCGUAUAAAUUUGAUAAAGAUUUACCAGAAGUUCCCAGUGGUGGCGUUUUACAAAUUUGCACUAGUAAAAACUUUGUGUUUGCCGGAGUUAAUCAUUCGCUGGUUGUCCUAACUCCCAUUCUUCAUGGAAGAAGUUGGGAAGGGGAGUUAUCACCUAUUUAUAUAUACAGUGAGUGUAAUAUGAUAAUUGGAAUAGAUGUCUGCAAUGAUUUGGUGUUAUUGACUGAUAUAAUAACCGGAGUAAAACUUUUAAAAAUUUUUAGCGACACUAAUGGUGACAGUGUUGAGGAAAUCGCUAAAGAUACAGACACAAGUUGGUGUAGUUGUGCCAAAUUAAUUGACCAAAAUCACAUUCUAGUCAGUGACACUAAGGGAAACAUUACAUUGCUGAAAUUGAUUGACGAGCCAAUAAAUGAUGAACAGUGUUAUAUUUUGACUAAAAUUGCCAAAUUCCACUUGGGUGAGUGUGUGAACAAGAUCGUCAUUGGAAAGUUUGCUUGUUAUGCAGUAUCAGCCACUGGAGCCAUAUAUGAAUUUAAAUUUGUGGAUUUGAAAACAUUUGCUCCCCUCCACAUUUUUGAGCAAUCACUAAUAAAAGUUCUAGGCCGAAAAAACAAUAUAAAAAUAGCGAAUUUGGGUGAUUAUGGUGAUCCCAGAGAGUUUAGAAAGGUGGAUAAAUUGUGCAAUUUUGUGGAUGAGGAUUUACUGGGCAUAAUAUAUAAAUUAGGGGAUGAAUUACUGAUUGAUAUUGCUAAUGAAGCCUGUACUAUGGGCUCAAAAUUUAACUAUUCAUUUGGCGUAUCGCACCUAUUGAAGUGGAAGUAUUUAGAGUACGACGAAUUGUUGGUUGGCUAUGAUAAUCUAAUUUUAUCCCUAUAA